AUGUCUCUGAUUUAUGUUCAAGUAUCUAACGCAGAUGGACAUUGCUCCUACCCUAAUGAUACACUCGCACCCUCAGAGCUGAACUACUCGGACUGUCAGCGACAUCUUGAUAAAAUGCGUCAGUUCUGGCAUAGGAUGGAAUGUGGCAAUGAGACACCCACGUCUAUUGACAAAACCUGUUGCAGAUCUUGGUGUAGGCAGUUGGCCUCUUUGUUCAGUCAGACGUCUUCCUGGAGAGAUCGCUGUUUUAAAAUGUGGGGGUGCAGAGAAAAUGAAAAAGCUCGCAUGCCGUUUUCUAUUAUAUUGACAAAUACAACCGACUCGUCGUAUUUGGGCAGAAUCAAAGUGGAACAGUGUCUGACACUGAAUUUUCCUGCCAUUAAGCUAACACCAUCAAGCGAGUUUUCAAACAAGAAACUUGUUGACACCAUUCUAAAAGAAGUGACGAACUCUUCUGGAAAUAAAGUAACUCAAGAAGAAAUGGAACGCACUUUCCUCACUGUUACUGAUUUGGAGGAGUUCAUUGGGAAUUAUGCUCAAAAUCACCUUAAUCAAACCGUACCUAAGAUUGACAUCCGUGGUGAACAUGCUGAUAUUUUGGUCAGGAAGAUUUUCCACGAAAAUGAGACGAGAGUAGAACUUGAGGAUGAUAAAGGAGAAAACUACGUCAGUGUCCUUGUUACAGGCUUGGAUAACGGAUCAGUUGUACUUUGUGUCAUUUACAAAGAUCUCCAUGAAGUAUUCCUAACAGGCCAGACCGACUCUGCUCCUGUCACUAAAAUCAGUAAUAUCUUGUCUGCAACGAUAUGGCCGAGGAGCAACACUUUCAGGAAGAAUGUUACAUUGAAAUUUAAAAACCUAGUGGAUGCGCCGAAGAGAAGCUGCGUGUUUUGGAAUACUUCAAAAAACAGUUGGUCAGGACAAGGGUGCCUCCUAACAUCGAGGAACCAAUCUCACACCGAGUGCAGCUGCAAUCAUUUGACUCACUUUGCAGUUCUUAUGCAGUUUGACAGAGGAACCAGCGGUAUCGUUUUAACUAAGACUGACGAAAAAGCGCUGGAAAUUCUUACAUAUGUCGGCUUGUCUUUCUCUCUGGUUGGAAUAUCUUUAACAAUCAUCAGUUAUGCUGUUCUUACAGACAUGAGUGGACCUUUAUCUCAGAUUCGAGUGAGUCUAGUCGCUUCACUUGGUGCAGGUCAAAUUAUCUUCCUAACUGGAAGUGGUGCUGUCGAGAACAAGUCUGCCUGUGUUACAGUAGCAGCUUUUGUGCAAUAUUUCCUAAUGGCCGCUUUCUGCUGGAUGUUGAUCGAGGGAGUUUAUCUCUACCUGUUUGUUGUAAAAGUUUACAACAUCGACGAUAAGAUGAAGGUUUCACAUGGAUUUUCAUGGGGUCUACCCGCCGUCGUUGUUUCCAUAUCGUUGGGCAUUGCAGCAGGAACCGGACCGGGGAUUAAAAGCUAUAUCAGUGCAAAUUUCUGCUGGAUGUCAUCAUCUAAUGGCAUGAUCUGGAUAUUUGUUGUAUUCGUUGUACUGAUCGAGUUGUUAAACACGCUGAUACUGGUACGAGUUAUCAAGGAGAUGAAAAACAUGCAGCAUGCAAAAGACAAAAUCAGUGAACAAAUGAGACUUGGUGUCAGGGCAUGCGUGUUGAUGAUUCCUUUGCUAGGGAUCACGUGGCUAUUUGGUCUUCUGUCGCCCAUGCACAAAGCGUUUGCCUACAUUUUCACAAUUUUCAACUCCACUCAGGGCUUCUUAAUAUUCCUCCUUCACUGCGUGAAAAACUCAAAGAUUAGAUCUCGCUUCAAAAGAAGGAUCACUGGUGCCACCCUAACUGCAGCUGAAAUAAGAGGCAUUAAACGAGCUGCGCAAGUAAAUGAAGUCAUCAACGUGAUAUUGCCAAGGAAAAUCAAUGUCCAGCCUCGCAAUAACCGUGAAAGUGGCCUUGAAAUCUCUGAGAUCUGA